UCUCAUAUGAUUACUUCCACAUCAAAAUCAGAAGCUCCUUCAAAUACCAAAAAGACCACUCAGAUGAUAGAUACUUGAAAAAAAACUCAGCUUUUACACAAUCGAGUUAGUGCGCAUAAACAAACAUCUCAAGUCAACACUUUUUUUGCUAUCUAAUACCCCUACAAAUGCGAGCUUUUGCAAUUGUUUAAUGGCUAAUUGUAGCACUAUAGAGACCGAAAUUCACAAAAAUGUUGUCAUUUUCUGUAAAGUAGAUAGCAACAAACAAACCAACAAAAAUCGGAGCAGAAAUGAAAAAAUGUACCAUUAGGGUUCUCUAAGUAAAAUGAUACAAAGACUCCGACGACACCACCAAAAAGAAAUGGGUUUGCUUGAGAGUAAAACCCAGACACAAUCUUCAUCUUUCGCUAAUGGGAAACUAAUAAAAGAUUUAAUUCUCUUUUAUAUUCAAACUAAAAAAAAAAUAUGGAGAUUGGAAGCACACGUGGCAUCCAGAGAGCUGAUUGGUGAGUAAAAUAAGGAGGAAGAAGAAGAAAGAAGCUAUUUUUAUAAUUUAAAAGAGAUGACUCUGACAAAAAAAGAAAGCUUUUGAUCGGAAUCUGGAAAUGGCACCGGUGACUGAAGUUUCUCCGAUGAUCAACACAUUGGAAGUCGCAGAUGACAAAAUGACGAAUCUCAGUUCCUCUGGGAAACCUCCAAGAAACAUCUCUGCAAUGCGCCAUUGCAACAGCACUGCCUGGUUGACCGAUUACGUUGGUUCAUCUCUUCUUUGCUUUUUUUUUUUUUUAAAUUCAAAUGCUUGUGAUUGUAAUUGCACGGUCACGAACAGAUAAGAUAAUGUAGCUUAGAUCGGAUCUCGUGACUCAAAAACAAUCCAAAGUUUGAAACUUACAAUGUGAAAAUGAUUUGUUUGCAGGAAGGAGAUGAGAGAUUUGGUGCAAAAUCUCCGGAAGGAGUAAAUUCAACAUUCCAGCCUGUGUUUAGAUCUGGAAGUUGGUCUGAUAAAGGACCAAAACAAUCAAUGGAAGAUGAAUUCAUUUGUGUUGAUGAUCUCACUGAGUAUAUUGGAUCAUCCACUGGAGCUUUCUAUGGGGUGUUUGAUGGACACGGAGGUGUUGAUGCUGCAUCAUUCACAAAAAAGAACAUUAUGAAGCUUGUAAUGGAAGACAAACAUUUCCCAACCAGCACAAAGAAGGCAACAAGGAGUGCUUUUGUGAAGACUGAUCAUGCUUUGGCUGAUGCUUCUUCUCUUGAUAGAUCCUCUGGCACUACUGCACUCACUGCUCUCAUUUUGGACAAGACUAUGUUGAUUGCAAACGCUGGUGACUCCAGAGCGGUGCUUGGGAAACGAGGCAGAGCCAUUGAGUUAUCAAAGGACCACAAACCUAACUGUACUUCCGAGCGGCUACGUAUUGAGAAGCUUGGAGGUGUGAUCUACGAUGGUUACCUUAACGGGCAGCUAUCUGUGGCUCGAGCCUUAGGAGAUUGGCACAUUAAGGGAACUAAAGGUUCACUCUGCCCGCUCAGCUGCGAGCCUGAGCUGGAAGAGAUUGUGCUGACGGAAGAGGAUGAGUAUCUUAUAAUGGGCUGUGAUGGACUCUGGGAUGUGAUGAGUAGCCAGUGUGCAGUGACGAUGGUGAGGAGGGAGCUGAUGCAGCAUAAUGAUCCUGAGAGAUGCUCUCAAGCUUUGGUUAAGGAGGCUCUUCAACGAAACAGCUGUGACAAUCUUACUGUAGUGGUUGUCUGUUUCUCGCCCGAAGCGCCUCCUCGGAUUGAGAUUCCCAAGUCGCAUAAGAGGAGGAGCAUCUCUGCAGAGGGAUUGGAUCUCCUCAAAGGUGUUUUGAACGAGUUGUGAAGGAACUGAGAGCAAGUUGGAAAAAGGUAAGAAGAGUUACUUUAUUCUUUUUUUGUUUCCUCUUUUGAUAGGAAAGUCAGAGAGAUAUUCAAGGUUGUGUGCUUUUUUCUCUGGUUUUUCCAAGUUUUGAUUGAUUCCAUUUUUUGUACUGUAGAUCUUAACCAUAUUUAAAUGAUUAAUAUUUGGUUUCAUAAUUUAAAAA